AUGAGUAAGUUCCUUAUUCUCUUGCUCCUCAGUAAUCAUACCCUCUACUGGUUUACUAAAUCUAUUAUGUCUCAGCCCUCCGGCGCCUACGCGUCGUCUAGCUUCGAUACCACGGACGGGUUACCAUUAGACGCGCUCAAAUACCAUCUCCCCGAAGAUUACCUAUCCCAGCGCGACAGCCAGAACCAACUACUAUCCGAAAGCCAGCAUGAUUCAGUUCCAGACCUUCCAGACUAUCCAUCUCGCGUGGCAUAUCAGGCCCCAAGCACCCUACCGCGAAUCAAGCCCGAUCGGAUUAACGAAUUCAUCGCCUGCACGCCAGAAAUGACAGCGGAAUUCGUUAAGUGGUGGCUUGAUACUGGCUAUGGCAAAUCGAAGCGGAUCAACCGGGACGGGAAUCUAACAAACCGUCGAGCAGAGUGCUGGAAAGGAUUUCAACAAGUUGCAAAUGCCAAAGAUGGCAAGCUAGGCGUUAUGUGUAAUAAGUGCCGCACAGUUCUUACGCAUCCAGCUACAAAUCAUACUGGAACUUCAUCGAUGCAGAAACAUCUCGAUGGGCCAAGAUGCCGAAGGCAGCUACCGAAGAAGGGUGCUAGUAGUAUCCGACAACUACUUAGUGGCGCGGCCGAGAAAAGACCAGCGUCUAUCUUUACACAAGAAGUAUGGGAGCAGAUGUGUUAG